AUGCUGCGCCGCCAAACCCGCGAGCGUCGCGAUUAUCUCUAUCGGAGAGCUUUGCUGCUUCGCGAUGCCUCCAUUGCCGAGAAGAGAGCACAACUCAAGGCCUCCUUGGCUUCUGGAAAGCCCCUGGACCCCACUAUUGCGAACGAUAAGUCGCUUCGGGAAGACUUCAAAUAUGACGAAUCUAAGGAAAAGGAGGACUCUGAGAUGGACAUCGACGAUGAAUACAUUCUGACCUCCGGCAUUAUUGACCCUCGCCCUCUGGUCACCACCUCUCGCUCUCCAUCUGCACGUCUCGGUGCAUUCGCCAAAGAAAUUCGUCUUCUUCUCCCUACCUCCAUCCGUCUCAACCGUGGAACUCUCGUUCUUGGAGAUCUCGUCUCCAGCGCAACCUCCGCGGCUCUCACUGACAUGAUCCUUCUCCACGAACACCGUGGAACUCCCACUGCAAUGACCAUUUCUCACCUUCCCCACGGUCCUACCGCCAGCUUCUCCCUUCACAACGUUGUCCUUCGCCAGGAUAUUCCAAAUGCUGCUCGUGGCACAGUCUCUGAGAGUUACCCCCAUUUGAUCUUCGAGGGCUUCAAGACCAAACUAGGUGAUCGUGUUGUUCAGAUUCUGAAGCACCUUUUCCCCCCACGUGAGACUGGAAAGGUCGGCAACCGUGUUGUGAGCUUCGUGUGCAAGGAUGACAACAUCGAGGUCCGGCACCACGUUUUCGUCAAGACUGGGUACAGGGAUGUGGAGUUGGCUGAGGUUGGGCCUCGCAUGACCAUGCGGCUCUUCGAGAUCCGGGGAGGCACUUUGGAGAAGGGCUCGAGCGGCGACAUUGAAUGGGCCCUCACCCAAUACACGAGGACCAGCAAAAAGAAGGAUUACCUGUAA